UGCAAUAACGACUAGAAGAAAGUUCGGACUGACUCUGGGAGCAGUUUUUGGUGGAUUAGGAUUGGUGAUGAUUUGUUUAGCUGUCUACUUUAUCUGGUGUUGCAAGAGGAGGAAAUUUAAUCCGCCCCACUUCCUCUCAACAAGGAAAUUGUCAUGUACAUUUAAAAAUGAUGUUGAGAGAGGCAGUAUAUACUUUGGCAUCCCAGUCUUCUCUUAUUCAGAACUUGAAGAAGCCACAAAUGAUUUCAAUUCCUCUCAAAUCCUUGGAGAUGGUGGUUUCGGAACUGUUUACUAUGGAAAACUUAAGGAUGGACGAGAGGUUGCUGUGAAGCGCCUUUACGAGCACAACUGCAAACGAAUGCAGCAGUUUGUAAAUGAAAUUGAUAUCCUUACCAGGCUAAGGCACAACAAUCUUGUCACUCUCUAUGGCCGCACUUCAAGGCGUAGCCGUGAACCACUCCUUGUCUAUGAAUUCAUUCCUAAUGGAACUCUUGCCGAUCACCUCCAUGGUGACAGAGUGAAGGACGGAUCACUCACCUGGCUAGUCCGCAUGAACAUUGCCAUAGAAACUGCUGGUGCAUUGGCUUACCUGCAUGCGUCUGACGUAAUACACUGCGAUGUGAAGACUAAUAACAUACUCCUUGAUCACAACUUUAAUGUUAAAGUUGCAGAUUUUGGGAUUUCAAGGCUCUUCCCAAAUGAUGUCUCUCAUAUUUCAACUACACCCCGGGGUACCCCAGGCUAUAUUGAUCCAAAGUAUCACGAAUGCUGA